AUGGCGUCGAGAGUAGCUGACUGGCUGUUGUUCCACUUCAGGGAACACAUGUACGAUAAGAAUGUUGUCGGGGAGUCGACUAUAAUAACUAGUGUUACUGUACAGUACGGACCGUCCACCGUAAGUCUGACUCCACCAACUGUGACCUACACUCCUACAGAGGGACAGACUAUCCCCACCAUCACGUGUUCUGCUGACUGUAACCCGGCCUGUACCUACAGCUGGACAAAGGAUGGACAGUCCUAUACAACAGGGUCAGGUCUCCAACUCACCAACAUACAGCGUAGUCAGGGGGGCGUGUACAGGUGUACGGCCAGUAAUGGGUACGGGAGUGCGAGGGGUGAUGACGUCAGUAUCACCGUCUACUACGGCCCCGGUACCUCCAGAGCGCUGUCUCCGCCGGACACUACCUACACCAGGACAGAGGGGGACACGUUACCGGACAUCACCUGUACAGCGGACUGUAGACCUGGCUGUACCUUUGUCUGGACACGACCGGACAACACCAACUUUACUGUCUCACCUGUGUUGUCACUGGGACAGCUGGACAGAUCAGAACACGGGACGUACAGGUGUACUGCUAUGAAUGUUGGAGGGGAGUCGACUAUAACAACCAGUGUUACUGUACAGUACGGCCCUGGUACCUCAAUAACGCUGUCCCCGACGGACACUACCUACACCAGGACAGAGGGGGACACAUUACCGGACAUCACCUGUACAGCGGACUGUAGACCUGGUUGUACCUUUGUCUGGACACGACCGGACAACACCAACUUUACUGUCUCACCUGUGUUGUCACUGGGACAACUGGACAGAUCAGAACACGGGACGUACAGGUGUACUGCUAGAAAUGUUGGAGGGGAGUCGACUAUAAUAACUAGUGUUACUGUACAGUUUCCUCCAAACAUAUUAAACCUUAACUUUAUAAAAGGGGACGGAACUCUGACAGAGGGUAGCAGUAUAUCUCUGGUUUGUUCGGUGGAGAGUUUCCCUCCGUCCACAAUACAGUGGUUCUAUAAAGCCAACAACACAGUUCUACUGACCACCCCAGACGUCCUGGAGAGUACCUACACCCUGACUAACGCUGACUGUCUGGACACCGGACUCUACACCUGUUCUGUCAGAAACAGUGUCUCUACCACAGCGGUCACCAGGGAUAUAUCUGUCAACGUUCUGUGUAAGCCACGUGAAGAUCCCAGAGUAAAUGGUAAUCAUAGGUUUGGUUUAGCUACCUCAGAUGACCUGACUCUUACUGCUAUGUUCCUAGCUAAUCCAGAACCAAGUUUCAUGUGGACAUUUCAAGACCUCGCUAAUAAAACCUCAAGUGAACUUAAAAACGGAACAGACAGUUUUAUCAAACGUAAUUCAUUUGAUAGGAUGAACCUGUCAGCAUUGUCGAUGGGGAUUCGUAAAGACAUGCACGAAGACAUGUACGGAACAUAUACUGUCACAGCCAAAAACAGUCAGGGAAGUGGAAGGAUUAACUUUUCAGUGGAACCACAGGGAAAACCUAACCCUCCUUACGAAGGCAUAGCUAUUUGUCCUUCCGCAGAUCAAGCUAUUCUGAGUUGGAGAUCGGCUUUCGAUGGAGGAUCUACCCAAACAUUUGUGGUCGGAAAAAGAAUCCGAACACAAGGCAUAUUUGUUAUAGACAGACAACUUGAUACCCCCGAUCCAGGACAACACCGAACUGCCAUCAUUUCUAUAUCUGGUCUUACUGCUGGUACACAGUAUUUCUUCGUGGUAUUUGCUGUGAACAAAUUUGGAAACUCAACUUUUGAACGUGACGUCAACUGUACAACACAAGUUUCCCAGGUACAUGCAAGCGCCUGUGGAACUGACAGUAUGUAUGUACCAGGAGUUGUCCUGACGAUCACUGGAGUAAUCACGCUUUUGUUUACAGUUGGACUCGAGAUUAUUUUUAGACGAAAUAGAAAACUGUGUUGUAGUAAGUUGCAGCUUCCAAAACAGAAAGAGUUCCAGAAUAUUCAACUCUCAGAACGAGACGGAACACCCCAUAGAGACAAUGAAAGAUCUUUAUAUGACCAACUCGAUACAAAUGACGUUGCCAAGGCGUCCGUCUACUCUGAACUUGGAGGACAUCAUCAUGUUUACCAGAACGAUCCAGUCAGUGAAGGAAAUGGCGGACAGUACGAGGCGUUGAAGGGACGCACCGCUUCAAACGUCUAUGAGGAACUUCACAGUCAAACAGCUAGUGAAAAAGAAACAUAUGUCAAUACAGCCAUUGGCGGAAAGAGGAAACAACGACACUGACGUGAAAACAUUUAGAGGCGAUUUACCACAUGUUACAUAGUAUGUGAAUCGUGUACAGAUUGGAAAGUAACAUCUUCAACCUGCUGACGACCGUGCUUGAAUAAGUCUCAGUGAUGAUAGAAUAAACAAUGCCAGUAGCCUGUGUGUACUGUCAAUGUAAUGCUCAUUUGCAUAAAAAA